AUCAUUAACGUCCUCGUCUCCUCCACCAUUUUUGUGAUUUUCGAAGUAAUUUUUUGAAGAAACUGUAAAUAUUGUGAAGGAAAAAAAUCGUUCGAGCUAGACGAAGAAGACGAAGAUCAAAAGAUGUCUACGGAAAUACAUUCUUCUUCAAUUUCAGAAUCACCAGAUGGAAACAGUCUGUUUGUGGACGUACUGCAUGAAGCACCUCUAUCCGGUCAUAGGAAGCCUACGAGCCUUAUUGGGAGUAUUUUCUACUGUUUCUUAUUGGCAGGCUUUGCUGUUUUGGCGGUGGGAGCUACAUGGAUAUUUCACCCCAUAGAAAGAUUAGUGUUCCCACUUCUUUGCAGUUGUAAUGCUGCCCUCCUUCUUGUCACAGGCAUUUUUCAGCAAUAUUUGGUCUAUCAAGUCAAGAAAAUACGGUUACAGGGGUACUAUAUUUUCAGCCAGAAACUGAAGCACAUUAUUCGCCUACCAUUUGCUACAAUCGCAUAUGGAACUGCUGCGAUGCUGCUUGUCAUGGUUUGGGACCCACAUAUUGGCAUCCUCUCUAUGUUGACACUAUUCAGGAUUGUCAUGCUGACGGAAGUAGUAUGUGUUAGUUCUUUCAUGACAGUCUAUAUUGGUUGCGUUCACCAGUACAAUUCAUUGGAUUCCCAGCCUGAUGUUUUAAAAUCACUUUAUUCUCCACUUCAACCAUCAAGUUCUCUGGAAGGUUUGAGGUACCAGGAUGGUGGUCGACUAUCAGAUCAGCAGAUGGCGUUGUUGCAAUAUCAGCAAGAAAAUAUACACUUUUUGGGUGAGGAGAUUCUUAGACUGCAAGAAACCUUGAGCAAAUACGAAAGAUGUAAUGAUGGGAGUGCACCUCAGGUAGAUCUUGCUCACCUGUUGGCAACUCGAGAUCAAGAGUUACGUACUCUCAAAGCUGAGAUGAAUCAAUUACAAUCUGAGCUUAGGCUUGCUCGAUCUAUUGUAGAGGAGAAGGAUGCUGAGAUUCAGCGUAUUCGCAAUGCAAACAAUCAGUAUGUAGAAGAAAACGAGAGGCUCAGAGCUAUUUUGGGAGAAUGGAGCAGCCGAGCAGCUAAGCUCGAACGUGCUUUGGAGCUGGAAAGGAUGUCAAACUUGGAACUGCAGAAAAAUAUAACCACACUGAAGAUUCAAAUGUGUGAAUAGUUCAGCCUGACUAACUGCUAGAUCUUCUUUUGCUGUGUACAAUAGAUCCUUGUGGUUCGGCUCUUCCUCGGACCCUGUGCAUAGCAGGAGCUUUCGUGCACUAGGCUGCCCGUUUUUAGAUCUUUUGCAAUACCAUUGUUGGAAAACCUAAUGGUUCCAUCUGCACAUGUACAGAUUAAGCUCAAACAAUUGUUUGCUCAUCUUUCAGAUUGUAAGCUUUGUAUAGUCUUCUCCACUACUAUUUAUCUCACAUAUUUUCUUCCUAUAAUAGGUUUCUUUUGGAUGAA